AUGCGUGAGAUUGUGCAUCUGCAGACCGGCCAGUGCGGUAACCAGGUCGGUACCAAGUUCUGGGAGGUGCUCUCUGACGAGCAUGGCAUCGAUGGAAGCGGUAACUAUGUGGGCACGUCGCCGCUGCAGCUGGAGCGGAUCAACGUGUACUACAACGAGGCUGCGGACAACAAGUACGUGCCGCGCGCGGUGCUCGUGGAUCUGGAGCCUGGCACAAUGGACUCGAUCCGCUCGAGCGCGCUCGGCAGCCUGUUCCGCCCCGACAACUUUGUGUUUGGCCAGAGCGGCGCGGGCAACAACUGGGCCAAGGGCCACUACACCGAGGGCGCUGAGCUUGUCGACUCGGUCAUGGACGUCGUCCGCAAGGAGGCAGAGAACUGUGACAUGCUGCAGGGCUUCCAGAUCACACACUCGCUGGGUGGCGGCACGGGUGCGGGUAUGGGCACGCUGCUCAUUUCCAAGAUCCGCGAGGAGUACCCUGACCGCAUGAUGGCGACGUUCUCGGUGAUGCCGUCGCCCAAGGUGUCGGACACGGUCGUGGAGCCAUACAACGCCACGCUCUCGGUGCACCAGCUCGUGGAGAACUCGGACGAGACGUUCUGUAUCGACAACGAGGCUCUGUACGACAUUUGCUUCCGCACGCUGAAGCUCAAGACACCCAACUACGAUGACCUGAACCAGCUCGUGUCGCUCGUCAUGUCCGGUAUCACGACGUGCCUGCGCUUCCCCGGCCAGCUGAACUCGGACCUGCGCAAGCUCGCGGUGAACAUGGUGCCGUUCCCCCGCCUGCACUUUUUCAUGGUCGGCUUUGCGCCGCUCACCGCCCAGGGCAGCCAGCAGUACCGCGCGGUCACGGUGCCGGAGCUCACCUCGCAGAUGUUUGAUGCGAAGAACAUGAUGGCCGCGUCGGACCCCCGCAUGGGUCGCUACCUCACUGUGGCGGCGUACUUCCGCGGCAAGCUCUCUAUGAAGGAGGUCGAGGAGCAGAUGCAGGCCGUGCAGACCAAGAACUCGUCGUACUUCGUCGAGUGGAUCCCGAACAAUGUGCAGACCGCGCACUGUGACAUCGCGCCGCGCGGCCUGAAGAUGUCCGUCACCUUCAUCGGCAACAACACGGCGAUCCAGGAGCUGUUCAAGCGUGUGUCGCACCAGUUCCAGGCCAUGUUCCGCCGCAAGGCUUUCCUCCACUGGUACACCGGCGAGGGUAUGGACGAGAUGGAGUUUACCGAGGCCGAGUCGAACCUGGCCGACCUCAUCAGCGAAUACCAGCAGUACCAGGAGGCCACCGCCGACGACGACCUCGAGGAGUACGACGGGUACGAGGGCGAGGAAGUGUACGAGGACGAAAUGUAA